UUUCUAUUACAUCACCAUGUUACGGGACCCAGUGUCGCGCUACCUGAGCGAGUGGAAACACGUCCAGAGAGGGGCCACGUGGAAAACCUCCCUCCACAUGUGUGAUGGGAGAAGCCCCACCCCUGAUGAGCUGCCCACCUGCUACCCUGGGGACGACUGGUCUGGGGUCAGCUUGCGGGAGUUCAUGGACUGCACCUACAACCUGGCCAACAACCGCCAGGUGCGCAUGCUUGCCGACCUCAGCCUGGUGGGCUGCUACAACUUGACUUUCAUGAAUGAGAGCGAGAGAAACACCAUCCUGCUGCAGAGCGCGAAGAACAACCUGAAAAACAUGGCCUUCUUUGGGCUCACGGAAUUCCAGAGGAAGACACAGUUUCUCUUUGAGAGGACAUUCAACCUCAAGUUUAUCUCCCCCUUCACGCAGUUCAACAUCACGCGGGCUUCCAAUGUGGACAUCAACGAGGGCGCCCGCCAGCGCAUCGAGGAGCUCAACUUCCUGGACAUGCAGCUUUACGAGUACGCGAAAGACCUUUUCCAGCAGCGCUACCACCACACCAAGCAGCUAGAGCACCAGAGGGACCGGCAAAAGAGGCGGGAGGAGCGCAGGCUGCAGCGGGAGCAUAGGGGCCACCGGUGGCCCAAAGAGGAUGGGAAUACAGAGGGGGCAGUCACUGAGGACUACAAUAGCCAGGUGGUGAGAUGGUGACCCCCUGCCCUCUCCUUCCUCAGGAGGGGGAGGAUGAGCAGGUGCACUGACCUUCUGCGGCGUUGGUUACCUUGGAGGAUGAUGGGCCGUUCUAAGGACAUCUGGCUGUAUGUGGCUUGAUUUGGACACCUGCUUCCUCUUUGUCUUCAUCCUAUCCAGCUGGAGAUGAUCUGUCUUCUUCUUCUUUUUUUUUUUCUUGACAUUUUUCCAUCCGUGAUAUUAAGUAGGGUAGGAAUGCAUCCAACAGAGACGUCCUUAGGAGGUCAAGGAGGGAAGCACCAGAAAGGAAACUGUUCUUGAAGACAUCCUUUGCAGUACCAUGGGAACCCACAGAGGCACACAUGAAAAGCCAAAUUAUGGCUUGGAUGUUCUGCUGAAACUGGUCUGUUUCACACUGUCUCUGUAAUGGAAAUAUUGGUCUGUCCAGAGAGAGAGAAAGAAAGAGUCCCUUUCAGCCCUUAGAUGAGGUUUUCUGCCAACCCUCACUUGAAUGUUGGCUCUCAUCUUGAACCCUGUUUGAAUGUGGUUUAAAUCAUAAGGCACAGUGUUUUGUUGUUGCAGUUGUUUUUAAACAAGAUUACCCUACUAUUGACCAUCACUCAAGACUUACACCCCACAAAGCCCCUGCCUCUUAGCAGGGAGCCAUGCUUCUUCCCCCAUCUUUAAGGGACCAGCUAGUGGAAUUGGGACGGGAGUGCCUGGCCCCUGAGAAAUGAACAUUGGUAAGGGCAUUUAGGAGAAAAUGUGCUUAUUAACUAAGGUCUAAGGAGAUCACACGUUACCGAUUUCAUUUUCAUUCAAAAAGAAUUGACUAAUAAAUUAAGGGCGGUGGGGUGGGGGGAAGCAGGAGGAAAACUAUAUGAUGUUUCACAUUUCCAAACGGGCUACAGAACUUUUAGCUUUUUUUCUGGGAUAUUUCUGUUUUACCUCUUUGGAGCAGUCAUCUUCUUUGAUAUGGUACUGCUAAGUUUGAAAUUCUGUUAUCACAGAGACAAAGAAGUUUAAAAAGAAUUUGGCCCAAAGAUUAGGAGUUUAGCUGGCCCGUCUGCAAAAGAUCUUCAAGGUCACUAAAUAAAUAACUGCUUUAGGCCAGGAGACGCGGAACUCAAGGGGCCGGUUGUCCCAGGAGUUUAGACAGACUACCUCCCAACACCUUGAAUAUCUCCAGCCUGCUGACUUUCUUCUUCCCACUUGAUCUUUGCCUGUGGUUCGGCCGUGGCUCUAACUGGCAGCUUGGGCUGGAGGACAGGAAAAGGUGCCUCAUUGCCAAUUGCGUCUUAUUUUCAAUUUUUCCCAGUCACAACUACAAGAACACAAAGUCUGUCGAAUAAUCAGGGGAGAAGUUUGGAAAAGGGAAUAAAAAAGCCUUGCCUGGCAUUCAGGAGCCGGAUCAGAAUGGGUAGAAAGUUUCACAACAUUGAUCUGAUCAAUCCUUUCAAGGAGCUCAAGGCAAAAUGAGUGAAACCCCUAAAUCAGAUUGAAAAGCCUAUUUCAUUGAUAUCUAGCAUGUUUGAUGUUUAAGCCAGCUUUACAUAAGCCACAUCGCAGCCUCCAGAAUACUCUCGCUGGGGUUGAGAGUCCAUCAACCCACAAGCAUUCAUGGAGUGCAUGCCUGUAGAGAGGGGAGCCCAGGGUCUCCAUCAGAGAGAGAUUUGGAGAAGCGGCUUCGAUUCUUCUCUCAUUACCCUUGGCUUCAUCUGUCACGUGAGGGAAGGCAUUAUUGGGGAUCUCCCUUGUGUCACUUACUGUGGGAGGCCCUAUUCAUACCUUAAAUCUAUUCAUAACAAGGUAGAUAUUAUUAAGUCCAGUUACAUAGAUAAGAAAAUUGAAACCCACAGACAAUAGGCAGCUUCCUUGUGGAUUGUAUGCUAGGUCUGGCCGACUGCAGAGUGCAAGCUCUUUUGACUCCAUCCUGUUUUCCAUGUGGGACAAAAGCUUUCUGCCAGUUGUGCAAAAAGCCAGCUAUUAGAGCCCAGAAGGAUUUGCCACUGACCCAUGCGCGGGGCACAACUCUGACGACCCCGAGCCGGCCAUGACCCAGAGCCAUGCUGCCUUGGGUGAGUCCAGCCCUCUCCACCUCCCUGACCCACCAGCAAGCUGAGAGAUUGAGGAUUUCUUAGACACUUGUACUUUUUGAGACCUAUAUGUUAAAGGGACCAAAUCAAUAUUGCUUGUUAGUGGGUAGAAAUUAGACUCACAAAAUAUUAGCGUUUCCCUUAUCGCUGAUUUGUUCCUGAGGUUGAGAGGGAAGAGAAUACCGCUACAAUUAAUGAGCAGCUCUCUCUCUCUCUCUUUGCAUUUCAAUGUUAAGAUCUAAUGUUCUGCCUAGACUGGCAGAGCUGCAAAUUAUCCCUCAGCCUGCCGCUGUGAUACACACACACGCAUGCACACGCACACACGCACACACACACACACAAUAACAAUCCAGUGUUUUGUCAUGUGGAAAAUCAAAACAAGUUAGAAAGCAUGAAAGCAUUUGGGUUGUUUCUUUUAAACUCACUUUAAAUUUUUUGGCAGGGAAUUCAUGCAUAGUUGAGACUUGGAGGCAGCCUCUGCUAACUUCACGCUGCUCCUUAGGCAUCUCGGGAUUUAUAUCAAAAGGCUUUCCUCAGCCUGUCACUGAAGGCGUGAUGUAUGGUGCUCCACUUGAGGCCAGAUAUCAGAAUGUUCACAGGAGAAACCAUCUCUUUGUGUUGGCCCGAGGCCAGUGCUGAGCAAAUUAAAAAGACCAACACGGGCUUCCUCCUUCAUAUCAUUUCAUUCUAAAGCAGCACGCUUGUCAUAUCCCAGGGGUUCUAUGUUGAUAGAAAUGAAGAGGUAGGGACACAGUUUGUUCUUCAAAAAUUGACUGCACACCUACAUGCUGAGUGAUGCUCAGAGGAGGGAUGCCAACAGAAGACAUCUGGGCCUUGGGAUCCAUGGGGAGUCAGCAGCUUGAAGAUCCAAAACCCAAUCAAUUCCAGAUACAUUGGUGUUAAGAGCCCAAAAGGAGGGGGAAGAAUUUCUCCAGGGACUUCCACAUCCUACUGACCCCUACAACUCCCAGGUAGACAUUCCUUCCCUUCUCUUGACAAGGGCAGCCCCAGAUUGGGAUGGGGUGACCUUGUGUGCAUGUUUGUAUGUGUGUUUAAAUUAUCAUCAUGGACAUACUAUUUCUUCUGUCUCCUUAUAACUUUUUGGCAGCCUACUCUUGGGAACCAGAGAAAACCUGCCCUGAGAAUUCUUUGGAUACUCCUUCUAAUAACUAAUAACAUUAGCAAUCAGUGUUGGGCAACAGCUAAGGAUGUCAUGUGUGCUAUGGUUUCUUAUCAUCUCAAGGAGAACUGCAGUGACUUAGAAGAGGCCAAGGAGACUGGUAGAGUUGGCUCACUACCCCUGCUUCCAGUGAGGAAUCAUCUUGUUAGGAGUGAAAUGUCCCAAGAGAUGGGCAGUGUUUCAGGGGAAACUGCGAAGCACAGACGCUCCAACACCUCCCGCUGGCUGUUCACCCCAGCCAAUCCGAAACUGAUUCAAGAUGAAGGCUGAGGGAAUGUGCUCACAACUCCUUAGGGAAGCUCGGUGUCAGAAAUAUCUUGAAUCAGUACCAGCCUGAAUAGUGAGAUGUAAGGGAUGAUCAAUAGAACCCUGCUCAAAAAAAACCAACUCCCUUCCUCCUUACUUCUCCAGGUCUCUGGAAUUUUAUCAGCAACUUACUGCUUUGGUUCUUAAAGGUUUUAUUUGGUGUUAAAUGAGUCCCUGUGCCCCUGCUCAUUUACCAGAGAGAGGAAAUGCAGGAGUUGCUGUCUUAGGCUAACAUCUUCACACAGAGUUUAUCGGAUUCCUCUCCCACCAUGACCUCUAGCUGAGAAGAAAGUCCUGUAUAAUGGGAUCAUGCAAGGGUGGGGGUUAGGGAGAGUAGGGGUAAGUAGAGAGGAAAGUAGGGCUCCUAAAAAGGAAGCAGGUCUUUCAAAGGUGGAAAGAUGAGGAAUUAAAUAUGUGCCAGGAAAUCCUGAAAAACAGAAAAAUGACAUACGAUUUCUGUCCUCGAGAACAAGGGCAGACUGGAGACAUGUGGACUGUAAUUCUUUGGGCCAUUUCAAGGAGCUGACAAGGGCAUGAGGCUCAGGAAACAGGACCAGAGCGUUGGCAGCAUUUUAGGGACUGAAGUAAAGGCUGAAUGAGUUGGUGGGGUCGGAUCCAAGGGAAAGCUGGACUGAGGCAAAGGGUACCCCAGUCUGAUCACAGCUGUGUCUCCAAGGCUUUCCUUUCUUGUAAUUAAUGUGCCUCCACUGGUCAUCAAAACUCCAGCUGAACGUCUCCCGGCUGGGUCUCAGGGCUGGCUGAGUCUGAGGACUCCGCCCCCCCACCAGCCUUGGCACAUCUGGGGAGCAUGCAGCCUUUCCUUCUCCAAGUCACCUCCCUUUGUCCCCUCCUCCAUUUUCUAUGGGACAUUAUCCUGCUAUGCUUUCACCAUAUUCACCUGGACACAUCUGAACUAAUUUCCUAAAACUUUGAAUGAGCCCUUCUGGGCAAGUGGGCAGGUUCUGAGACCUGUGUGUUUUGUAGCCUCAUGGAUGGAAUGGACAUGGACCCAUCGCACCGCACAUUGACAGAACCAAUCUUCCUUGCAGAAGUGCUGAGACUUCCAGAGGACUCACCUUGCCAUGAACACCAGCAACAUCUGCAAGACAAAAGCCCCGGGACUUCCAAGCAAGGACUCGAGGUAACCUAACAGAACUCCCCAUCUGAGAACGCCAAAGCGCCGAUGUUUCUUAAGCCUGUGUUCUAAGUUGUCUAUGGAAGAGACUGCAACAGUCAUCCUUUGACGCAUUACACGUUCUGCUGCUCUGUGGGAACUCAUCAAAGGGCCAGAUGUCAGUGCUGAAAAACCUCAGUUCUUGCCGGGGAACACCGUGUUCUAAGGAAGCAGAGUUUGUAUGAUUUAGUUAUCGCCAUUAUUUGCCUUCCACCAACCUCUUACGUUUCUAAUUUCUUAUGUUUUAAUCCUUGUUUUUUUGUUUGUUUGUUUUUGUUUUUUUGCGUGUGUUUUGUCCCCCUGGAAGUACUUUCUGGGCUUCUUUUGCAUUAUUUUUCAUUUAAUGUAUCAAAGAUGAAACAUGUUGGAAAGAAAAAUCUAGACUUUUAUCUGGUGCCCCACUUUAGAUGUAAAGAUAGUUAUUCAAUAGAUAGUAAAUUAUUUCACCUACGAGAUAUUUCCUUUUGUUUCUGUGCAAUAAUAUGUAUGAACUCGGGUACUAGGAGAUUGUAUUGUGACAUUAUCAACCCUUAUUGCUAUUUAAAAAACGAUAGUUUGUAGAACUGAGGAUCUCCAUUGAUGUGAAGCACAAUUUAAUGAAUAAGUUAACAUAUUAAACUGUUGUGAUGUCAAGAACAAUUGUUUUCCCCUGUGAUUUUGUUAGACAUUUUUGCAAAAUGAGAGAAGUUGGUCAAACACUUUAAGGGAUUUAUGGAAAUUGAAUCCACGGGAUCAGCUUUGUCAAACUCUAAAAAAAAAUCCAUGCUUUGGAUACAAAUGUGGCUAUUGAAUGUGAAGCUUCAGAAACAUAAAAGACAAAGAAAAUAUAGAUUGAAACAAUUUAAAAUCUCCGAGGCCAGGGAGGAUUUCACAGGCUCUCAAACACAUAAGCUUCUAGAAAGGUGCUUUUCAGUGGCCCUCCCUGUUUUUCGCCCACCCUGACACGUUGAAAUUCACUUUGCCUGGAGAGCAAGGGGGUGGUGGGAGACAAAGUGGGAACUGAAGCAAAGCUAUCUGGCACUGACUCGAAAAGAAAGAAAAGAGAAAAGGAAGGAAAGGAGGGAGAGAGGAAUGGGGAGACAGGGAGACAAAACAGAAGCAGAAAAAUACAACAAUGGCAACCACUGUGGGUCUCUCCACAAUUUCAAAGUGUAGCGUUGGUCCACACCGAUUUUUAAAUCAAUACCUAGUUCCUGUAACAAAUGCAAAGAAAGAGAAAAUUCGUUUUUAGAAGAGAAAAGUCCCUUCAUUCAAAAAUCCCUUGAAUGGUGGGUGCCUUUUAUCGUUUUCUGUUUAUUCUGUAGAAGUGGGAUUUGUGGAUUCCUUCCUUGCUUAUAGGUUCGUGAGAUUUAAAGCCUUAGAAAAAUGCCAUUUAGCCAUGUCCCUCUAACUCAUGGGAAUCAUAGGCAAAGUCACCUUGACUCCGGAGCAAUCGCAGUGGCCUUAGGAGAAGCUCCAAAGACAACAGAAGUUAAAGCCAAACACCCGUGCGCGCAUGCGCACGCCUACCCCAAUCCCCUGCCCCCAGCACAGACGUUUUGCGGGCUUCUGUCUUCCAAGAAAAAAAAAAACAUAAGUUGAGAGAAGAACUAAGAAAUCCUGAAGAUUUACUUCUUUCCCCCAUUCACCAUGAAAAUAGUGUUCAAGAUAAGUCUUGAAAUGUCAAAAGUAUUAUUGAAAAUCUGCUCUCAAUAUAGUAAGCUUUCCCUUUCACAGAUCAGUUUUCAUACAAAAUAAAUUUGAAAAUUAAUAGAAUCUAAUUUAGCAUAAUUAUGUCUUUAUUUUAUAUAUAAUGUUAAUUUUUUAUUAACAAAGUAAUAUGUGACCUUAGAUCAUUUGAAAAAAUGUGAGAAGGAAUGCAUAUAUAAAAGAGCCAAAUCCUGACAUAAUUUUGAUCUAUUUCCUUUCAUUUUUUUUUAUGUAUUGGCAAUUAGAGUAAAAUUUUAAAUAACAAAUGUUUUAGGGAUUUAGAAUCAGACAUUCUAUAUAAUGGAAAUACAUAUUUUUACCUCUUAAUGCCCAUUCUUGAAAACAUAAUUUUAAUAGCUGCAUGUAAUUCUACCGUUCUGAUAUUCUGGGGGCAUUCUGUUCAUUUUCAAUGUUCCCACUGAUGUAACUGACACUGAAAUGAAUAUAUUUGUACAUAAGUAGCAUCUCUGUGUCUCUGUAUACUGGUGGGAGAGAGGACAGUGGACCCUUGAUUGUAUCUUCCCAACAACCGAGAAAGAAAAAAUAUUCAAGAUUGUCAAAAUUGCGUGCAUGCAAUGAAUUGUGGAAAAAAUCAAAAUGAAAAUUAUUCAUCUACUCAAGGAAACAUACAUGUAGCUCUCCAGAACCACCUUUCUGGCCCUGGAUGGAAGCGCUCAUUCCCCCAAGAGGCUGGGAGUGUGGCUGCUAACUGAGAGCUGUCAUCUGAGUCUCUCUC